AUAUAUGUUGGGUUUUUCGGGGAACACUCUUUUCCUCUCUCAAGCCUCCUGAAGUGACCGAACUACGGACUCCCGAACUCCAGCGCUGUUCCUUCACUUCUUCUCCGUCUCCGAGCUCCAGCCUCCAGUUCUUCCGUUUUUCGGCGGCUCGCGGCUCAGCCCUUGAUCAAUGUUCAAAAUUGCUGGGUUAUUCACUCCAGUCACUCCACCGAAAGAGGUUAGUGUCAACAUUUGUGGCUGAAUUUUUUUUCCUUCCUCUGUUAGGAAGUUCAAGCCCCACCGAGCUUGUAAUCCUGGAUCCGCCCCUGGGCACAACCAACCGCACAAAACGUACUGGGCAUACGCUCCAACGUUCUUUUGUUCCUUCAGAAAUUCUUACUUCUCGCGAUUUCCUUGUUCCGAAACACAAAAGAAAAAGAAAUGAGGGGUUUGGCAAGAUUGAUCGGACGCAGUCUUUCAUCUCACAAAAGAUUCCAACCUUCUGGACCAUCCACUACCUUCCGCUGCAUCUCUCGCCGGACCUAUUUCCUCUCUGCUUAUUUGGGUCGCCGUAUCUCCCCCUCUUCUUCUUCUUCUUCUGCCUCAUCUCCUUUCGCUUCUACAAAAUGGGGCCUUCUUUCAGGGCAGAGGAGAAGCAUGUUUAUACAAACACAGUCGACACCCAAUCCUGCAUCUCUUAUGUUUUACCCCGGGAAGCCUGUUAUGGAAGUUGGCAGUGCAGACUUUCCGAAUCCCCGAUCCGCCAUGAAUUCCCCACUGGCCAAAGCCCUUUAUGGAAUUGAUGGUGUCACUCGAGUGUUUUUUGGAUCAGAUUUUGUUACUGUAACUAAGUCAGAAGAUACUUCAUGGGAUCUUUUGAAGCCAGAAAUCUUUGCAGCAAUCAUGGACUUUUACUCUUCUGGGGAGCCACUCUUUCUCGACUCAAAAGCUGCGGCAGCAAAGGACACAGCUAUUAAUGAGGAUGAUUCAGAAAUAGUUGCCAUGAUCAAAGAAUUGUUGGAGACUCGCAUCAGACCAGCAGUUCAAGAUGAUGGUGGGGACAUUGAGUACAAGGGAUUUGAUCCAGAAACCGGAAUAGUUAAACUGAGCAUGCAAGGAGCGUGUAGUGGCUGCCCAAGCUCAUCAGUCACCCUGAAAUCUGGCAUUGAAAAUAUGCUCAUGCAUUAUGUACCUGAGGUCAAAGGUGUGGAGCAAGAACAUGAUGAAGAAGAUGAAGAUGCAGCAUUAACGGGGCAUGUGGAGUAGAGAUUUAUAAUUUUCUUCAAAGGAGGCAUAAUUUUAGAUAGAAUGGUGAGCUCACGAGGGAUUGGGUAGCAUUCCUGUACAGUAGCAAAUAAAGUUGUAUUUAAUUUAUUGAUUGGUCACUAUCUUAGAAUUAUUGAUGUUAUAGCAAGAAUUUAGAGCUUUAAAUUGUAUUACGGUGAGGAUGACUGGUUUACUUGGUCAAUCAAAAUUUUCCUCUUCUUCAGAA